GCAAUGUUAUUGGAUGGAUUUGUUUGUUAGUUGAUUGGGUGUUAAUAAAUGGCAUGUUUGGUUUUAUGUCGAACGUGCUAUAAUGUUUUAGAUGUCUACGACAAUCAGUGGGAAGAAUUUGCUGCAGCCAAUGGGGCUACAGUGCAAGGAUUUGUACGAGUAUUUAAAGAUGAGGUCUCCAGAAAUGUUAAAUAAGCUUUACAACAAUCCUCCGAUUUGCUUGGCCGUUUAUAGAGAAUUGCCAGAGAUAGCAAGGCAUUAUGUUAUGAGGCUACUGUUCGUGGAACAGCCGGUUCCACAGGCUGUAAUAGCCUCGUGGUGUUCCAAGCUUCACGUGGAUGUACACCUCAAAGUUGUACAAGUAAUGAACGAAUUGAACAUUUGGAAAGAGGCAUCGAUACCCGGGGGUUUGCCUGGCUGGAUACUCAAUGCAACGUUUAGGAAAAAUUUAAAAAUUGUAUUAUUGGGAGGUGGAACGUCCUGGACAAUGUCCAAUCAACUUGAGACUGACAGUAAACCUAGAGACGUUGCUUUUCUGGACUCUUAUGCAUUGGAGAGGUGGGAGUGCGUGUUGCAUUACAUGGUUGGAUCGCAGCAACAGGAAGGCAUAUCCGCGGAUGCUGUUAGAAUUUUAUUACACGCUGGUCUUAUGAAACGGGACGAAGAAGAUGGCAGUCCUGUUAUUACCCAAGCUGGUUUUCAGUUUCUAUUGUUAGAUACCGCAGCCCAGGUUUGGUACUUUAUUCUUCAAUAUUUGGAUACCGUAGAGGCGAGAGGCCUCGAUUUAGUCGAAUGUCUGACAUUUCUUUUUCAAUUAAAUUUUUCCACGCUUGGUAAAGACUACAGUACGCAAGGUAUGAUGAGUGGACUUUUGACAUUUCUUCAGCACUUAAGGGAGUUUGGCCUCGUUUAUCAACGUAAAAGAAAAGCAGGAAGAUUUUAUCCAACAAGAUUGGCUUUAAAUAUUGCCACAGGACAAAAUAAGCCAUUGUCCCGGGAUUUGGAAAAGGAGCGCUAUAUCGUCGUUGAGACGAAUUAUAGAGUAUACGCUUAUACAAAUUCAAAUUUACAAGUCGCAUUAAUUGGAUUGUUUUGUGAACUGCUGUACAGAUUUCCGAAUCUGGUUGUGGCAAUAUUAACGAGAGAUUCGGUUAGACAAGCAUUAAAAAGUGGCAUAACUGCCAGUCAAAUUGUUGGAUAUUUAAAUCAGCAUGCACAUAAUAAAAUGAUCGAGGCUGGACCUCCAACUCUUCCACCAACAAUUGUAGAUCAAAUUAAAUUAUGGGAGAAUGAAAGAAAUCGAUUUAUAUUUAGCGAAGGAGUUCUGUACAGUCAAUUUCACUCUCAAACUGACUUUGAAGUUCUCAGGGAUCAUGCGGUGUCUUUGGGUGUUCUAAUUUGGCAAAGUGAAAGAAAGCGAACGAUGGUUGUCACAAAAGCAGGACACGAUGAUGUAAAGAAGUUUUGGAAGCGAUAUUCAAAAGGAGCAAAUUAAAUGAAAAUCGAUAGAAGUUGUUAAUAUGUGAAUAAAUCUAUUUUUGUUUACUUAUAAUGUAAUUUAUCAAGUAUCUGUAAAA